ACCUGAUAUUCCUGGUUUGGAAGUUGUUAUUAGAAGAAACUAAAACACGGACUACGAAUUAGUAGCAAUGUAGAGUCUCCGCGUUCUCCGCAUCAUUGUUCGUUCAAGAGGGAAUGACGUGGGGUUGCGCAAAUGACCUCCAACCGAACUUGGAUCAACACAUAAUCCCUAUGAAAUAGUCUAUGAAAUAGUCGAAUAUGAUCAAAGCCGAUGUUAUAGAGGAGGUACGAGGGGUGGUCGGGUUGGCGAUCGACGACGCAGACCAAGACCUAAAGAAAAAGAUCAACCAAGAAUUGCACCAGCAUCCCGAGACGGGAUAUCAAGAAGUAUUCGCCCAUGAUACAAUCACGCAAUUUCUCGAAGAUCGCGGCUUCGCCGUAAAACGUGGUACUUAUGGCCUAGCAACGAGUUUCGAAGCAGAGACAGGGAAUUCUGGGCGUCUUGUUGUCAUAUGUGCUGAAUAUGACGCCCUACCUCAGAUCGGCCACGCAUGUGGUCAUAAUCUGAUUGCGACAUCGUCAAUUGCCGCCUUCCUCGGCACUGCUGAAGCUUUGAAGAAGAGCGGCGCCGCAGGACGACUUCGCAUACUAGGUACCCCGGCGGAGGAGGGUGGUGGUGGGAAGGUAAAGUUGAUCGAGGCCGGGGCAUUUAAGGAUGGCGUUGCAGCAGCUAUCAUGGCUCAUCCGAUGCCGGCACACCAGAUCUCCGGGCCAAACGCGGCAGAGUCAUAUGACGGUCUUGCAGGACUGAAAAUGAUUGCGAGCCAUAAGUUUCGCGCCGAGUUUCGUGGAAAGACAGCACAUGCUGCUGGUGAGCCAUGGAAUGGUGUCAAUGCUCUUGACGCUGCUGUCGCCGCAUAUAGCAGUGUCGGACUUCUCCGCCAGCAAAUCCAGCCUGAUGAACGCGUCCAUGCUGUCAUUGAAGUUGGGGGGACGGUGCCGAACGUAAUUACAGAUUACACGCGUAUGAACUGGAAUGUUCGAAGUCCAACUAUAGCUAGAGCCGACGAGUUGCUCGCCCGUGUGAAAGCGUGCAUAGAAGGGGCAGCUACCGCAACUGGCUGUGAGCUCAAUUAUAUCGUAGCGCCUACUUACGCAAAUUUGACGGCAAAUAAAGCUCUUUGCGAAGCAUAUGCGUCUGAGAUGGAGCGUAUCGGCGAUAAAAUUCUAUUGCGAAACGACAAGGCCGUAACAGCGUCAACUGAUAUGGGCAAUGUUUCCUACGUAAUACCGAGCUUCCAUGGCGCGUUCGCAAUACCGGCGCCGCCUAACACGUCGCUUCAUAAUCCUGGGUUCACUGCGGCGGCUAGCACCGACGAAGCCCACGAAAGGGCACUUCGAUGUGCAAAAGGGAUGGCGAUCCUGGCGGUCCGGGUACUUUUGGAUGAAGAAUUCGCCUCCGAGGCUGCUCACGACUUUGAACAUAGGCACGAGUGGUAGCCGUAUGCUUGAAUGGGUGUCUCGGACGUCUAGGAAUGUUAGCUACCUUGUACAGCAUAUCAAUGUCAAUACACCUACAUACGUGAUUGAACAGCGAUACUACCAAUUAUUAUAUACUCACAUUUACCUAAACCUACCUCAGGUACCUAACCUACCUUAGAUACAUACCUACCUGAUGU